GCCAGUUCGCCGUUUGUGGACAUGCCGGAGGGGUGCACCCGAAGGCGAGUUAGAUGGCAGACGUGCUGCGUAGAUUGCCUCUGCUGGUGCUGGUCAUCGUCCUCUUCCUGUUUGUCGUCUUCCUGAUUGUCGUCUUCCUCCACAACUGUUUGUCGUGCCGGCCGUGGAACACACGUCGGAAGCGGAGGGCAUCAAUGAGAAAGCCACACACGGACCGACCGAUGGCGAACAUGCAGGCAGGCGCGCCACAAGUGGCAGGUCAGGGCGGAAGUCUCCCGUCGACGGCGGCGGCCCAACGACGCUACGAUCCGUCAGCGUACAGCCAUCUGCAGUCGUGGGAGAUGCCGCUGCCCCCAUCAGACGAGGAGGUGGAGGCGGAGGAACUGGGAACGUUGUCUUUGGCCAGCGGAUCGACCCAGUUGUUGUUUUCGCAGACGCUGAUAGCAGGAGGGUCGGCCAGCAAGGAAGGCGGCGAGUUCAGAUCCCUCCUGGAAGCAGGCUUGGACCGCGACGACGACGGAGAAGUUGAUCCAAGGUUCGGGUUGUCGUCGGGCAGCGCGAGAGAGGCCAGCCGGACAUUCAUCAUCGAAGACCAACCUUCGCCACGUUCCCUGCAACGUCCGCGAGGCGAGCACACGGAACAGUCGACACUUCGUGGCGGUGCUUCCCUUACUGCACGUGCCGGGCCGUCAUCGACAACGCGCCAGCGUGGAGCGAGCACGCCGCCCGUCGAUCCACUACGAAAGACAUUGCCCGCACGCAGCGGGGUAUCUGCAGCAGCCGAACGCAUCAGCGGAGUCGCGGCAGCGCCCGCCCGCAACAGCGUUGGGCGAUCGAAUAUGCCCAACACUGCACCCACGCCCGAUGAUGAAUUGAGAGGCGAUCCCGCUUGCAGACUGGUGGUGCGUCCGCAGCCUACGGUGGAGAACAUAACAGAGGGAGUGUCAAACAUGAGGGCACACAACGAUGGUGUCGACGAGAAUGACGGUGCUGGCGACGAUGCCGACGAUGGAUACAGGGAGGACGUCGAAGCCGUUGACGACGACAGCGAUGCGCCUAUCCGGCCUUUGGGGAAGGCGGGUGGGACGGGGAGAGGCCGCGACAGAGGUGGUGGUCGAGGUCGAUCUGCAGGGCGUGGCAGCAGAGUAGCCGAUGAAGACAAUGCCGGGAAAUCAGCGGUGUAUUGGUCCACAGACGAUCAACUGCUCCUGGUGCGCUGCAAGCGGGAGCAGGACAUGCACCUUGCAGGCCUUGGGCACAACUACGGUCGGAUGCGAACGAAAGACUGGAAGUGGGAGGACAUUGCGAAACAGAUGGCGAACGCGGGCUGUCCUAGAGAGGCCGAUGACUGCAUGAAGAAGUGGGACAAUCUAUUCCUGAACUACAAGAAGAUACAAAGGUUCCAGAAUGCCAGCGGCGAGGCAAGUUUCUUCAGGCUGUCAAAUGAAGAGAGGAAGGACCACAAUUUCAAGUUUUGGAUGGAGAGAGCGCUCUACAAUGAGAUCCAUGGAGGCAUGCUGGGAAACCACACCAUUUUCCCUCCCAACAUCGUAGACACAGAUAAUCCGGACGGCGUAAUGGCUCCGAGGCGAGGAGGCAGCGGUCAAGCUCGUGGCAAAAAACGUGAUGCAGUCACUGAACAGACGGCGGGCGGUUCAGGUGGGGGACGUCACACGACGAGGACGAAACGAUCAUGUCAGGAUGCGAGUUCUGUCAGCGGCGCGCACUUGGACGGCGACGGUUGGGGAAGACCAAACGACGGCGAAGGCAAGAACGAGACGGGAUACCCCGCUAUGGAGGAGGUGGCGCGAAUGGAGCAUGACCAGAUCACACUUGUUACGACGCCGCAAGGGAGACAUCGCGAGGAAGCAGGAACCGGGAUAUCUGCGGCGACGCCACGUGCGCAAAAAGCACUCGGCGAACGAGGAUCUGGCGGUGCGGCGACGCCACCUGUACAACAAGCAGUCGGCGAUCGAGGAUUUGUCGGUGUAGGAGAUGCGGCCAUGCUUGGAGUUCAGGCGCAGGUUCGCGGCGCCGCUGCGGUCGUCGGCGAAGCGGCGAGCACACCUCAUGAAACGGGAGGAGGGUGAAUGGAAGGCAGAGGAGGCGGCGAGGACAUUGGAGAUCCCCCGCG